AUGAAAGUAAUAUCAACAUUUUUUAAUUUAUUUUUUUUAGCAGGUGCUAUAUUAUUAUUAAUAUUUACAGUAUUAUCAGGUUCAUCAAAACAUACACCAUUAAAUAAAUUUUAUUGGUUAGAAGCAGAUACUAGAUCUAUACCAAAUGCUCCUGCUUCAAGAUCUGCUUGGACUUUUUGGGGUGUUUGUGAUAAAAAUGAUUUUGGUAAUUGUUUAUUAGGACCAGCUUAUCCUUUAUCACCAGUUGAUAAUUUUGAUACAACUAAUAAUAUACCUGAAAAAUUUAAAAGUCAACAAUCUACAUUUUAUUAUUUAAGUAGAUUUGCUUUUGCUUUUUGUUUAAUUGCAUUAGGUUUUGCAGGUUUAGCUUUUAUUAUUGAUUUAUUAGGAUUUUGUUUUGUUGUUAUUGAUAAAAUUGUUAUAUUUUUAGUUACUAUUGCAUUAUUCUUUAUGGCUGGAUUUGCUUCAUUCCAAACUGCUGUUGUUGUAUUAGCUAAACAAGCAUUCCAUUCAGAUGAUAGAUCGGCUAGUAUUGGUGUUAAAUCAAUGGCUAUUAUGUGGGCAUCAUUUGCAUGUUUAUUAAUUUGUUGGGUUAUUACUUUAAGUGCUAAUAUUGUAAAUAGUUAUAAAAAACAUAUGAAAAGAGUUAAUGGUGAAAAAGGAGGUAAUCAAUUACAACAUCCACAACAACAUCAACAACAAGGCUCAGCUGGAAUUACAAGAGAUGAUUCUUCUUUUACAAGAGCUAAAAAUGUUGAUGAUGAAAAUGUAAAUGGUGGUGGUAUUAGAUUUUUUAAAAUUAAAAGAAAUCAAAAAGUAACUGAUGAAGAUUCUGUUUAA